GGCGGGUUGAGUCGCCUGCUUGGCCAAUCUCUGCCGGGUCUGAAACAGCUUCAGUUGAGACUCAGCGUUACGGCGAGCAGGUUGUUGGCAGGCAGUGGGAAAGUUUGACAGGUUGUGGGACUCGGAUUGUACUGAGUUGUUCCCGUGUUGUGGAUACGUUCUAGAGAUGUGGUCUUGUAUUAUGGAGGAGUACUUGCUUGUGUGACGUUAUGGAUAUAUCCGUACUGUGGCGAGCCUUGGCCAGUGGUCACCUGGUCAUCACCUGGCUGCUCCUCACCGCUAUCACAGGGGGAAGAACGCAGCACACCUGUAAUCAGUGCGACUGUACAAUCAGUGACCCGGGCAAUGGAGAAGGGGCCAUCAUUAACGUCAAGCCAAAAUGUCUUGAAGGUCGAAUCACGUGGUUAAGUUCAUACGGUGCAAUCAGGUUAGAGCUGAGUCCGAGACAUGCCGGGGAGUACAGAUAUUGUGUUCGUGUACAGAGUGAAAAUAUCAAAACUAUAGUAUCACAAGAAGUGCUAUCCAGGACACGUGGGAAUUAUAAAUUAAAAAUUGUGAACGAUGUGGAAGUUCGGUUAUCUCCCCUUUUUACAACCAGAGGGCGCAGCAGGGAAUUUUGUAUUUCCGGUUCCGAUCCAGUCCGGUUGUACCUGGAGACGGAACGUAGCGACGAAGACACGGGGGUUGCCAGGGUCAAAGUUCACUAUGACAUCGAGAGGACGUCGAGCAGUCUCCAUUAUAGUCCCAUGGAAGAGUGUCGUCCUUGUACGGACAGAGAGCUGUUGCGGGCCUACUGUACCAGUGACUUCGUUGCUGUCGGCAACAUGGAUGAUGUCGACCAUGACGACGUUGAAGAAACUUCCGUCAUCCGGGUGUCUGUGACUCAGUUGCUUUCGCAGAAGGACGCCAUUUUCAAAAAGGCAGAAAAUGGAUGGACCCGUCCCCACGAGCUGAAGGGGGUGGUUCACGCCCCGCACAGGUGCGGCAUUAGACAUGGGGAGGGACAGUUCUUGUUCACAGGCCGCGUUCGUCUGGGUCAACCAGUGUUACAGUGUGCCCCGCGCUAUGAACAGUGGAAGAGUGUUCUCGAGAUGGCGCUCCUCAAUGAUGAACUUGAAUGUUCUUACGGAUCAUGAUGAGAGUGAGGACCUCAUAUCAUAUGUGCCAUAUCCACAGGAAAGUGUUUAUUUACAGCGACUAAACUUAUCCAAGCAAUGGACCAAUCUCGUGGGUGCGAGAACUGGAGCACCACGUGCGUUGUGAGACGAUAUUGUCGUUGUGUUUCUGUGAUACUGUUUUAACUUUCCAAACUUGCAACCGGAAGUGCAUAAUGACUGCUGUGCGUGACCUGGUCACGUGACGGAAUCCAUGAUUGUGUACAUAAUGUGCUCUCUCAACCUGUGAUAGCCUAUUGUCCAUUGAACCCAGGACAGGGUCAGGACCAGUGAAAAAUGGCGGCAGUUUUAAACUGCGAUUGUGUGAAGAUGGCGACCUGAUGGCAUAUGAACAGACAGUUCUGGGCGAGUCCAUUGCAAAAUGAUCUCAUCUGUGCUAGUCUCUGUAGAAUCGUUUUUGUCAUAAUGUCAUUCCUGCUUUGAAAGUGCAGCAAACAGAUUCGACCAAACCAAAUGUAUAUAGAACAAAGAUCUGAGUUUGUUCAUCCAAAGUUAUGUGUAUUUAUGAACUUUAUACUGUAACUGUCUGUUUGCUUCAAAAACAAUUGAAACAAACCUAUGACACAUUCAGUUGGUGACACAAUACAUUCAUUAUGUAUGCCUUUCGGAAAUAGGAGACCACCGAACAGUCAUGACGAUCCAUAUUCAUCUUCUCAUUGAAAUUCCUAAAACUGCCUAACAUUCUGUCCACAUUCCUUCAUCUCAUGGGACCAUCUGGUUUCCGGUUGAACUGAAAGGUUUUAGAAAUGUCCAUCUGCGAAGUUUCCGUCCCCCUCGACCCAAAGUAAACCCUUGUUAAACCAAACGUCAUAGCAAUUAGUUCCCCAUGCAUAUCAUGCCACACCCUCCUUGUUCCCCCAGGUUGUUAUUGCAAUAUUGUCUAGGCGACGUCAACAUGCGCUCGAUCAGUUCCAUUCCAAGCUUGAUAAAUAUCACCAACACUCUUCCCUCCAAACUUUUCAACCAAUACAAUCAUGUUCCACCCGCUGACGACAUACAUACAACUCAUCCACAUACAGGACUGCAACAUCAACAACAGCACCCUCCCCUCUAGCACCAUGACGACAACGUCAUUCUGGACCCCCACCGUCUACGCGUGUCUUCACAAGAUACGGCACUGCGACUUGCUCCACGUCGCUUCUGUCUGCUUCACCGCUCUAUCGAUAUGAAAACUUAUCGACGAGAAUAAUAUUCCUGGCUUCCGAUUUUAACACUACAUCUUCACAUUUUUUUACUCAAAACAACAACUGCUAAGAUGCUUUCGGCAACGUAAAAAAAUCUUAAAAUAGGCUAAGAUUACUUUCGGUUGUACAUAUCCUAAACCUGAUAUUUUACACUCACAACUGUUCAUUCCGUCGAGGGGCGGUGGGGUAGCCUAAUGGUUAAAGCGUUCGCGCGGUUCGAUUCCCCACAUGGGUACAACGUGUGAAGCCCAUUUCUGAUGUCCCCCCGCCGUGAUAUUGCUGUGAUAUUGCUAAAAGCCGCGUAAAACCAUACUCACUCACUCACUCAUUCCGUCGAAUGUUGCUUUACAAACAUAAUGCCCGUUAGAUUACGGUUUUAGCCCUUGUAAUGUUGUUUCAUUACAGAUAUCGUGAAAUAUCCAUUCUUAAUAAGUGUCACCUCUUGGUGAAGCCGUCACACUGCAUCAGAUGCCAGCUCCGUGCAGCGUUGUCCAGGCGUGGAGUUUCACUGUAUACAAUAACCCGCUUCAGUUGCCUCCUGCGCAUAUCACAUCAGUCAGCUGCUUCAUGUACAUAUUGUUGAUACCAAAUUGUUACUUGUUGUUGAAUCGUUAUAUUUUGUAUAAAAUGAUGAAUUAUUAAAACAUUGACUACAAAAA